CCUGGAGAGGGACCCUCGCAAGAAGGCAACCCAAGCUCUCUUCCGCUUGCUGCAAGCAUCGCUAUCCCUGGACCGUACUCUCUCCUAAGACCCCUUCUCCGGCGAGCGCUGUGUUUCCCACUCCCUCCCCGCUGCCCUCAGUGCCGGCACCUCCGAGGAGCAGCACCAGCGAUUCCGUGUCUCUCAGAUAUUCCUCCGCUUCGGAGUGGCAGGGCAGCAGAGACAGCGUAAGGCUGAGCUGCUGUGCCUGAGCUGCCCAAGCUACUAUCAAGAGGCUGAUAAAUACCACUGCAAAAAGUUGGACGCUGCUUUUUCUCGUGCUUGUGCUUCCUCAAGGAGUUAAGCCUCGCUGGGACUGUCCCACGGCCCUGGGGAGGCAAAGCAGAGCAGCACCGUGGGACUCUGUGGGGCAAGACCAGGCUGCCCAAGAAGUUUUGGAGGACUCCUUGCCUAGAGAGACACCUCACUUCACCAUGGCUGAAGGUCCUGGGAACUGGAGAGACUUCUCCCCUGCCAGGAACGAUGGUGAGGUGGCCAGGGGGGCCACAGCAAGUCUCCAAGGAGCAGUAGAUGCAGAGAGCACUGGGCAAGCACAGCGCUUGGGCCUCCACAGCAUGGAUCCAGCCUGGGAGGAGAUGAGAGGGGCAGUGGCCGUGGCAGAGGUGGAGGAGCAGUUCCUGCAACUGGCCAUCAGAAAGCAAGCCUCUUACAGGAAAGCUAUUGCCAAAUCCAGCCUCCAGCACAUGAUAGCCCAGCCAAACCCUGCACUAGCCCUGAGAAGCGACUCGGAGAGGCAGAUACGCAGCACUGUGGACUGGAGCGAGACUGCGAUAUAUGGGGAGCACAUCUGGUUUGAGACCAACGUCUCUGGGGACUUCUGCUAUGUUGGGGAGCAGAACUGCAUGGCAAAGCUGUUGCAAAAACCGCUCUCCAGGCGUAAGUGUGCAGCCUGCAAGAUUGUAGUGCAUACACCCUGCAUCGAACAGCUGGAGAAAAUAAAUUUCCGCUGCAAGCCUUCCUUCAGGGAGUCAGGAUCCCGGAACAUACGGGAGCCCAUCGUUGUCCGGCAUCACUGGGUGCACCGAAGGCGGCAGGAAGGGAAAUGCCGGCAGUGUGGCAAGGGUUUUCAGCAGAAGUUUGCCUUCCACAGUAAAGAGAUUGUAGCCAUCAGCUGUUCCUGGUGCAAGCAAGCGUAUCACAGCAAAGUGUCAUGUUUCAUGCUGCAACACAUUGAAGAGCCCUGCUCGCUGGGGGCUCAUGCUGCUGUCGUCGUUCCUCCCACCUGGAUUCUGCGGGUCCGACGGCCCCAGAAUCCACUAAAAUCUAGUAAGAAGAAGAAGAGGACAUCAUUCAAGCGGAAAUCCAGCAAAAAGGGGGCCGAGGAAGGGAGGUGGAAACCCUUUGUCAUCAAGCCCAUGCCAGCUCCUCUUAUGAAGCCCUUACUGGUGUUUGUGAACCCCAAGAGCGGUGGGAAUCAGGGAGCCAAGAUCAUCCAGUCCUUCAUGUGGUAUCUCAAUCCACGGCAAGUUUUUGACCUCAGCCAAGGUGGACCCAAGGAGGCGCUGGAGCUGUACCGCAAAGUCCACAACCUCCGGAUCCUGGCAUGUGGGGGAGACGGCACGGUGGGCUGGAUACUCUCCAUUCUGGACCAGUUACGGAUCAACCCACCUCCUCCUGUGGCCAUCCUACCUUUGGGAACAGGGAAUGACUUGGCCAGAACACUGAACUGGGGUGGGGGUUACACGGAUGAGCCUCUGUCCAAGAUCCUGUCUCAUGUAGAAGAUGGGAACAUAGUGCAGCUCGAUCGCUGGAACCUCCAUGUGGAGCCAAACCCUGACACAAACCCUGAGGAAAAGGAUGAGGCAGCCACUGACAAGCUGCCUUUGGAUGUCUUUAAUAACUACUUCAGCCUUGGCUUUGAUGCACGAGUGACGCUGGAGUUUCAUGAAUCCCGAGAGGCCAACCCGGAGAAGUUCAACAGCCGGUUUCGGAAUAAAAUGUUCUAUGCUGGGACGGCCUUCUCUGACUUCCUCACUGGGAGCUCCAAGGACUUGGCAAAGCAUGUCAGGCUGGUUUGUGAUGGGACAGACCUGACCUCCAAGAUUCAGGACCUGAAGCCCCAGUGCCUGGUCUUCCUGAAUAUCCCAAGGUACUGUGCAGGCACCAUGCCCUGGGGCAACCCUGGAGAGCACCAUGACUUCGAGCCUCAGCGCCAUGACGAUGGUUGCAUUGAAGUUAUUGGCUUCACCAUGACAUCUCUGGCUGCCUUGCAGGUCGGUGGCCAUGGGGAACGGCUCUGUCAGUGCCGGCAGGUGGUUCUCACCACAUCCAAGGCCAUCCCUAUGCAGGUGGAUGGAGAACCCUGCAAGCUGGCAGCUUCCUGCAUCCACAUCUCCCUGCGCAACCAAGCAAACAUGGUGCAGAAGACCAAGCGCCGCAACUCCAUGCCUCUGCUCAAUGACCAGCAGCCAGUGCCCGAGCGGCUGCGGAUCCGGGUGAGCCGAAUCAGCAUGCGUGACUAUGAGGCGCUGAACUAUGACAAGGAAAAGCUCAAGGAAGCCUCUGUGCCACUGGGGAUCAUCGUGGUUCCAGGAGACAGUGACCUGGAGUUGUGCCGGACCCAAAUCGAGAAGCUGCAGGAGGAGGGAGAUGGAGCCAAGCCAAAGACACUGUCAUUCCAGAAGCUUUCACCCAAGUGGUGCUUCCUGGACUCAACCACAGCCAAUCGGUUCUACAGGAUAGACCGUGCACAGGAGCACCUGAAUUAUGUGACAGAGAUCUCUCAGGACGAGCUCUAUGUGUUGGACCCAGAGCUGGUGAUCACCCAGACUGUGAGCACCUCUCCUGCCAUGCCCGACCUCGUGGACUCAUCUGCCACACCCCCUGGACACCACUUUGCAUUCCCCUCCUCUUCCUCCUCUCCACCCUCUUCUCCUGCCCCCAGCGCUGAGCCUGAGCGCUGCCUCCCACACAGAGAUGAUCUUCUAAUAGAAGCUGCCAAGGGUGGCAACUUCAGCAAGUUCCAAGAGCUGCAUCGAGCUGGAAGAGACCUGAUGGUGCGAGACUCCUCAGGCCAGACUGUCCUCCACCAUGCCGUCAAAUCAGGGAGCAAGGACAUCGUCAGAUACAUCAUCGAGAACGCCCCUUCAGAAAUCCUUGAUGCCACAGAGGAGGAGAACGGUGAAACCAGCUUGCACCAGGCUGCAGCCUUACGCCAGCGCACUAUCUGCCACUACAUCGUGGAGGCCGGGGCUUCGCUCAUGAAGACAGACCUGCAGGGAGACACCCCAAAGCACCGUGCUGAGAAAGCCAAUGACCCUGACUUAGCUGCCUACCUCGAGAACCGACAGCACUACCAGAUGAUCCAGCGGGAGGACCAGGAGACAGCUGUGUAGUGCUUGGCGUGCCUUAGCCCAAGCCAGCUUGGGUAGGACAAGAGGACAAUGCCAACUGGCAGAGCUAUGAGUCUGGCCCAACCCUCCCUAGAUAUCAGCCUGGUCCUUGGAGAUGGAUACAGCAGAGUUCUGCCCCAGGCUGGGCUGGGACUCUGUUUAUGAGGACAGUGGGUAUUUCGGACUUGAAGCCUGAUUCUUUGUGCGUCCACUCCUUCACCUCUCAUUCACCACAUUCCUUGCCCUAGAUGGGCUCUAUCCCCUGGCCAUAUUGAGGCAAGCCAGGCUGAAGCCCCCAGUCACUCUUGUGCACGGGAGUAAUGCCAGUGCCCCCUCUGCAGGCUCCUGCCUAUGAUCCUUGUGGGAUAUCAUUCCUCAGCCCCUCUUUCUGCUGGCAGUGCCCCUCUUUUAGGUGCUUGGCUACGUUCAGGUCCUGUUCCUCCUCUCCUGUCUGGCACAGCUGCAGGAGGCACAGGUUCUGCAGGAAGACAGCAGAGGCCAUGAGCCUCAGACUUUGCUGCAAGGGAAGCAGCACAACUUACUGCCCCUGCCUCUUCUGGCUCAGGGUAUGGAUGGCACAGAGGAAGGCUACCAAGCCGUCCCACCAUCCUUCCCUCCACAGGGCUGGGUGGGACAGCUUGCACACCCAGUGUCUGCUGGGCAUCUCUCUGUGAGCCUACUGCAGCAUGUAGCCAUGGUGGAGAGCUACUUGACCCUGAGUAGUGCCUGUGGUGAAGCCUGUUAUAUUUCCCAAAUGCUGACUUGGAUUCAGCUGCCCUCCCUGGUUCAGUUUCCCCUUCAAUGCUAGUCUGUGCAUGGGGCUGGAGGAGCAAUGCUGGGGUCAGUGCUGCUCUCAGGGAUUCCCCCCCAUGCCCCUCAACCUGGCAACAUGUAUCUUCUGAGUCCAACCAAGUCCUGCCAUUCCCUAAACUGGGCACAGGACUUUGCAGGGAAAACUUCAGAGCUCACCCAGCCAAGGCACAAAGUCCCUGGACAGGCCACCAGCUCACUGUCUCCAGUUUUUUUCUCCAGAACAAGGAACCUGGGAAGCAUAUGGGCUCCCAGCCCUGAGUCGCGCCUGCAGGGGGGCCUGCCAUGGAGCAUGAGGCACCACAACCCAUCUCCCCUGCAGUGGACACUUGAUGCAGAGGCAUCAAGCCAGCCUUUCAGCAAGGCUUUUAGAGAACUGGCAUUCUCUGAGACCAGGAGGGGCCAGCAGAGGAGGAAAGCUGGUAGCUCUGGGCCUGGCAAACCUGCUUGGCACUUUCACGUGGGCAGUGAAGUGGGUUGCUGUUCACAGCUUGGAUCCUGGGAAAGGAUGCUGCUGCUGCCGCGUGGGGUCUGUACAGUCCCUCUGCACUUACACCCAGCUGUGCCCACUGGGUAGUGCCAGAUGGCACCAUUUGAAUCUCCUAAUACCAAUACCAAAAAAAGGUGAUUAUACCACAGAGAACCAGAAUACUCUUCAGGUUUUUUGGCCAGGGGCAGAGUUCCCUUUGAGGAUGGGGGAUAUUGUAGUGGGGAACAGAGGCAGAGGGCAGUGCAGAGUGGCAGGGGCUAGUGGCACUGGCAGUUAGUAAUGUUUGCAUCUUAAUGCAUUCAGAGUUAAGAUGCAGGCCAGUGACAAAAAAGGCACUGUCAUCUUCUCAGAGGUCCACACUACUGCACUCCCAGAUGGGACACCCAGCUUGGCCCAGAGGCAUCUACAGCGCCAGCUUCUCCCUUUCUCCCUUAUAGUUUUUGUACAGGUAGUUGAGAGACACUGUCCCCCUCCCCACCUGGCCCCUCCGUGCAUGCGUGAGCUGAGUUGCUGUGCAAUUCCAAGCCUGCUGGUAUUUUGAAGACGGAGGGGGCGUUGGUUGCCCUGCUCACUGAGGGCAGGAGUUCUGUGCAAUACCUGGGUCUGUGUUUCCUAGAUGCUGUUGUAGGAUUGUAUUUUUGUAACUCCGUGAGGAUGCUGGCUCCAGCAGGUCCAGGGCCUGGCACAAGCCUGUGUUCCCAUUGCUUUUCAACUUUGACUGUUUGGAUGUUGUUGUUUCUUGCCAUUGAAAUAAAGAGAUUGAUGUUUUAGUUCCCA